CCGUCGGUGCGUCCUGGUGUGUCCUGGUGCGUCCUCCUGGCUCAGGGGGAGAUGGGCUGAGACGCAGAGGACGGAGCCGACGACACCGAGACCCGCCGCGGCCGCUCAGCCUAGCAGUUACCGGAGGGAAGACUCGGGAAUUUUUUACCCAGUCCCGCUUGCCCCCGCUCUUCUCCCGCUCCUCGCUCUCCACUCCCGGCCUCAGCAGGCCAGGGAAUGUCCCGGCGGCGAGAUGCCUUACGUGGACCGACAGAACCGCAUCUGUGGUUUUCUGGACAUUGAGGAGAAUGAGAGCAGCGGCAAGUUCCUGCGCCGAUACUUCAUACUGGACACACAGCAGGGAAGCUUGGUGUGGUUCAUGGACAACCCACAGAAUCUGCCUGUUGGUGCAGACUGUGUCGGCUCCCUGAAGCUCACUUACAUUUCCAAGGUCAGCGAUGCCACAAAGCUGAGGCCUAAAGCAGAAUUCUGCUUCGUCAUCAAUGCCGGGAUGAGGAAGUUCUUCCUGCAGGCCAAUGAUCAGCAGGACCUUGUGGACUGGGUCAGCGCUCUCAACAAAGCCACCAAGAUUACAGUGCCAAAGGCGUCAGAUGGGCAGCAGAACUCAGAGAACCAGAAGGCUUUACCCGAUGUCGUGGGGCCCAAGAAACAAGUCUCCUACAAGACCGAGAUCAUUGGAGGAGUCCCCAUUGUCACCAAGACGCAGCACGAAGGUGUUGACGGUGCAGACAGAGCAGAGCGUGAGGCCAUGCAACGUUCCCACAGCCAGCUGCCUUACUUCCUGGGCAGGCCGGCUCAGGAGCACACCGUCAUCAAGUCGGGCUACUGUGUCAAACAAGGAGCUGUGAUGAGGAACUGGAAACGUCGAUAUUUCCUCCUGGAAGAAAACUCGAUGAGUUACUUCAAGUCAGAUUUGGAGAAAGAGCCUCUGAGAAUGAUCCCACUAAAAGAAGUUCACAAAGUCCAGGAGUGCAAACAGAGUGACAUUAUGAUGAGAGAUAAUCUGUUUGAAGUCGUCACCACAUCAAGGACGUUUUACAUACAGGCGGACAGUCCUGAGGAGAUGCACAGCUGGAUCAAGGCUGUCUCAGGGGCCAUCGUGGCCCAGCGGGGGCCCGGGAGGUCAGCUGCUACAAUGCGGCAGGCCAGACGGCUGUCGAACCCCUGUAUACAGAGGUAUACGUCUCGAAUCGGGGAGUGCAGCAGCACUCUGCUGCAGCUGUGUACCUGUCUUAGAUGUGUGACAUCCUGCUUGUCUCUCCUCCUCCCUCCUGUUCGCUGCCUGAACACGGCAGCCGUUCCACUUUCUACCGCACCCCCGCGGGCCCCCCCGUCCCUCGCUCGCCCAUAUCUGCCAUGCCACCAUGCUACCCAGAGUGGGGGUCUGCUGUCACGUGCGGCACACGCUCGCAGCCUGGCGUGGGACAGCGAGCACUUCAUGAGCCUGCUGCCGCGCCCCAGUCACAGCCACACGCCAGCACGCCUGUCCCUGCAGGAGACGCCGCGCCUGGCAAAGUGACCUGCGAGCCGCCCGCGACCGCCCUCGCUCGCUCCGAGGAGUCCCCGUGGCGACGGCGGAGCAGCUUCGAGCCCCACAUGCCUGAAACACCCCUGGACCUAGAUGAUGCCGAUCUGCCGGUGAGCGAGGUCUAACUGGACUUUAAAAAAAAAAAAACAAAAAAAACGGCCCCUCUGGAUGGAGACGCCGUCGUCGACGAAACGAAAACCCCUGUGGGCCAGGUGUUUUAAAAAAGACAGACUUUGGUUCUCUGAUCCAAGUUGCUCCCCGGAGCGCCUCCGUCAGCGCGCAAGAGAAAUAAAAAAAAGUCGGGUCACCUCUGAACUGCACUCGUGCGCCUAAAAGACGACCCAGUCUUCACCCACACCCCCCCCCUCUGCCUGUCUGCAGCUACAACGGCGUAGUUAUUUACCGAGAGUUGAUGUCUGAUUAGAAUUCAGAGCUUUAUUUUAACCUGUGCAGGCACAACGAUGUGUUCAGUGGUAUUUACGCGCGGAGGAUUUUUUUGUAAACCACUUUGUGCCAAGUAAAUAAGGGAGCUUUUAAGGGUGCGAGCUAAUUCCUCUUGUCUGAAAAGAACGUUUCAAACCGAGGACCGGCUUCUGUCACCUCUCAAGUGUACUAUUACUAAACUGUGUUUUGUCUGUUCAUACACUCAUUAUUAUAACACUGGAUUUGUCUGCUGUUAACGGCCAAUCUGGUCAGAGAUCAAAUCCUCACAAGUCAAAGAUUCUGGGCUACGAAGAGAGUGAAGAAGAGAUUUGACCCGGGUGUGUAUAGUUGUGUGAGACCAAAUGUAUUGCAGCCACAUUUAGUCUAAUUGUUUUUAACAAGCCAUUGAGUUUCUUUCUUUUUAAAUAUCCAACAGUUGUUUCUUUACGAUGUCCUCGUUGAGGUUUUAGUUGACUGACUGUUAAUGGCCACACGCUACUUAUGAAUCUACAGUGAAUAGUUUUUAAUGCAGCUCUGGUAGAAAAAAGAGACACAGCAUCACCUGGAGAUCAGACCGAUUGAUUCUCUCUGCAAACUACAUUUAUGACUUUGUGUACUCCUGUCAUUUUGUUACCGACAAUAAGGACCGGUUCAGCUAUAGAUCAGCCUCAGUCACCAUAAGCUGCAGGCCAUAGUUUGAAGAUAAUACUAUAUGAACACCUUUCAAACAUCAUGGAUCAAACAAAUCAAGCUCAGACACUUCAGUUGCAUGCUGACAUUUAAAAAAACUCCUCAGUUCUUGUUUGUGUUUAUCUACAGACUCUCUGGUUGUUGUGUGUUUGCAGACUAGAGCAGUGUGAAACAUUUUUUUUAUAUAUGCUUUUAGACGUGUCUUGUUCUCUUGUAUCUGUCUUGCCAACCCAGCUGCCUCAUGGUGUUAUUUAAAAAAAUAAUUUCCACUGUAAUUCUGCUUAAUAAUACACACUAAUCUAGUUUUUUUUUUUUUUUUUUUAAGUGCCUGCUUUAUUUCAGCCCAGCUAAGCCAAGCUGUUUCACUCCCCCUUUUUUUUUCUUUCUUUUUUUUUUUAGUCUGGUGUAAUUGGUUUGAAUUGUCUCUAUUUAUUAUGUGGAUGACUUGAAAGAAAUAAACACUGUAAAUGUG